AUGUGUGUGUGCCCCGGGCCCAGACGAAUUGGAAUCCCAGUCAGAAGUUCCAGCCUGCCACUGUUCUCUGAUGCCAUGCCAGCACCAACUCAACUGUUUUUCCCUCUGAUUCGUAACUGUGAACUGAGCAGACUCUAUGGCACUGCCUGUUACUGCCACCACAGACAUCUCUGCUGCCCAUCUUCCUACGUUCCUCAGAGCCACCUGCGGUACGCACCCCACCCGGCGUAUGCCACCUUUUGCAGGCCAAAGGAGAACUGGUGGCAGUACAGCCAGGGGAGGAGAUACGUUUCCACACCGCAGAAGUUUUACCUCACUCCUCCGCAAGUCAACAGCAUCCUGAAAGCCAAUGAGUACAGUUUCAAAGUGCCAGAAUUCGAUGGCAAAAAUGUCAGUUCCGUCCUUGGAUUUGACAGUAACCAGCUACCUGCAAACGCGCCCAUUGAGGACCGGAGAAGUGCGGCCACCUGCCUGCAGACCAGAGGGAUGCUGCUGGGGGUUUUCGAUGGCCACGCAGGCUGUGCUUGCUCCCAGGCGGUCAGUGAGAGACUCUUCUACUACAUUGCCGUCUCUUUGCUGCCCCACGAGACUUUGCUAGAGAUUGAAAAUGCGGUGGAGAGUGGCCGGGCACUGCUCCCCAUUCUCCAGUGGCACAAGCAUCCCAACGAUUACUUCAGUAAGGAGGCGUCCAAGCUGUACUUCAACAGCUUGAGGACUUACUGGCAAGAACUUAUAGACCUCAACACUGGCGAGUCGGAUGACAUUGAUGUUAAGGAGGCUUUAAUCAAUGCCUUCAAGAGACUCGAUAACGACAUCUCCCUGGAGGCCCAAGUUGGUGAUCCCAAUUCUUUCCUCAACUACCUGGUGCUUCGAGUGGCGUUUUCCGGGGCCACUGCUUGUGUGGCCCACGUCGAUGGGGUCAACCUUCACGUGGCCAAUACCGGCGACAGCAGAGCCAUGUUGGGCGUGCAGGAAGAGGACGGCUCCUGGUCAGCGGUCACUCUCUCCAAUGAUCACAACGCUCAGAAUGAAAGUGAACUGGAAAGGCUAAAAUUGGAACACCCAAAGAACGAGGCCAAGAGCGUGGUGAAACAGGAUCGGCUCCUUGGCUUGCUGAUGCCUUUUAGGGCUUUUGGCGAUGUCAAAUUCAAGUGGAGCAUUGACCUUCAAAAGCGAGUGAUAGAAUCUGGCCCAGACCAGCUGAAUGACAACGAAUAUACCAAGUUUAUUCCUCCUAAUUACUACACACCUCCUUAUCUCACUGCUGAGCCAGAGGUGAUCUACCACCGAUUAAGGCCACAGGAUAAGUUUCUGAUCCUGGCUACCGAUGGGCUGUGGGAGACGAUGCAUAGGCAGGAUGUGGUUAGGAUUGUGGGCGAGUACCUAACAGGCAUGCACCACCAGCAGCCAAUAGCGGUUGGCGGGUACAAGGUGACUCUGGGACAGAUGCACGGCCUGUUGACAGAAAGGAGAGCCAAGAUGUCCUCGGUGUUUGAGGAUCAGAAUGCGGCAACCCAUCUUAUUCGCCACGCCGUGGGCAACAACGAGUUUGGGACUGUCGACCAUGAGCGUCUCUCCAAAAUGCUGAGUCUUCCCGAAGAGCUCGCUCGAAUGUACAGAGAUGACAUCACAAUCAUUGUCGUUCAGUUCAAUUCGCAUGUGGUAGGGGCAUAUCAAAACCAGGAACAGUGA